GUAGAGACAAUCGGAGAUGCAUACAUGCUGGCCAGUGGGCUUCCUAAAAGAAAUGGCUGUCAGCACACAAAAGAGAUAGCGAAUGCUGCACUAGACAUACUGGCUUCUAUAAGAAGUUUUACCAUCCCUCACCUUCCAGGAAAGAAAUUGAAAAUACGGAUUGGUAUCCACACUGGGUCAGUUGUAGCAGGAGUUGUUGGCCUUGUGAUGCCCAGGUAUUGUCUCUUUGGGGACACUGUCAACACGGCAUCCAGAAUGGAAUCUUCUGGCCUGC